CGCCUCCUCCGUGGUUGUCUACACACUUCAUGGACAAGGGAGACCCYGCGGAGAAGUGAUUCUGAGUUUGUGUGAGAUUCGAGACGGUGUUGUGACACACAGGAGAAGCUCUGCCCCCAUGGAUCGUGUUGAAGGGGGCCUGGAGAAGUUCAGGGUCUUCAAGAAGGAUGACUUUGAGGCUGACUGGAUUAAGGUGACAGAACGCAGCUUUGGCCAGGUCUACAGAGUGAAACUCAAGCUUUGGAGGGAAAAGUGUGCMCUGAAAAGCUUCAAUACCACACUUACUGGCACCAGUCUCUACAGGAGAAUGAUAGAGGAGGCAUCCAAGAUGGAGAAAGUGACAUUCAAGUACAUCGUGUCCGUCUACGGGGUGUGUAAUGACCCUCCCUCCAUGGUGAUGGAGUACAUGAGUAAUGGCUCCCUGGAUCGUCUCCUCACCAGCCACGUGUUGAUGUGGCCCAAGAAGUUCCAGAUGAUUCACGAGGUCACCAUGGGCAUGAACUUCCUUCACAGCAUGAACCCUCCACUUCUCCACCUGAACCUGAAGCCUUCAAACAUCCUUCUAGACGAUCACCUCCACAUCAAGAUUUCAGAUUUUGGCUUAAUUAAGUGGGAGGAGGCUGGGAACAAGAAGGAAUUCAUUGAAAAUUUGACUGCGAGAGGGAACAUUUUCUACAUACCUCCAGAGACAUUCACCCUGUGCUCUGGGCAUCCRGGAACCAAGUUCGAUGUUUACAGCUUCUCUAUUGUGAUGUGGGAAAUCCUGACCCAGAAGAGACCUUAUCAAGCUGGGAAACGAAGCAGUACAACGACAGUGCUGAUGAAGGUGUCAUCAGGUAGAAGGCCAGGCUUGGAAAAGAUCCCUGAUGACAAGCCAGAAGAAUGUGAGCAGAUGAUCACAAUAAUGCAGCAGUGCUGGGAUCAGGAUCCCAGAGAGAGGCCAGAUUUCUCAG